CCGGAAGUGAAAUUCAGAAAAGAAAAUUUUAAUUUUUCAAUAUUAUUUGCUUUCAAUAUGUCUACUAGACCUUCACGACCGCCCCCGCCUGCUCCAGUGAAACCAGGUCAUGUGAAGGUUGUAAGAGCUCUUUACCCAUACCAAGCACAACAGUCUGAUGAACUGUCAUUUGAGGAGGGGGAUACGCUAUAUAUCAUAGACAUGACCUCCAGUAGUGAAUGGUGGAGAGCUAGUUGCGAUGGCAGGGUUGGACUCAUACCAUUCAACUACGUGGAGGAGAACACUGAGUCAGUGGACAACCCAAUGCAUGAAGCCGCUAAGAGGGGGAAUAUAUCUUUUAUGAAAGACUGUAUAAAAAACAAGGUGUCAGUGAAUGGCCUAGAUAAAGCAGGGAAUACCCCACUACAUUGGGCUGCUCAUGGUGGACACAUAGACUGCAUGAAACUACUACUGGCUGCUGGAAACAUUCAACUUGAUGUACAGAACAAGAUUGGUGAUACAGCGCUACAUUCUUGCGCUUGGAAGGGUCAUGCUAGUGCAGUCCAACUUCUCCUAGAGAAAGGUGCCAGGCUUGACCUUAGGAAUAAAGACAAGAAGUCAGCAUAUGAUUUAGCUAAAGACCCUGAUACAGCAGCUCUAUUAAAAACUGUUGUGAUGCCAAGACAAUUCUCAAAGGACUAUGGAGGGGAUAGUGACUCAGACUAGUUCCUAAUAUGGUCAUAUAUUCAAAGGAAGAUCAUCUAUCCCACAGUCCUAUGUAUUCCUAUCUGGAAUCCUCUCAUAUGAUUAGCUGCUCAGAAGAUCACAUGACUGACUGACCAUGGGAAUAAGACAUUUAACUUAUUCAUCUUUAAUUACUUACUGAAGGAUCACAAU